CCACUCUGCAGGGCCCCAGUGCAGCAGAGGAGUCCGAGGACGGGGACAUGUACGAGGUGCCCCCCUGUGAGAGCCAGGCCUGGAAGGUGGCUCCAGCCAGGAGGCAGGAGAACACGGACGGCACCUACCUCGAUCACGCCACUGCCCGGCGCUGCUCAGAGCCCUUCGCCCUCCUGCCGGCCAAGUUCCUGUCAAAGCUCAGCCUGGUGCCUGGCACAGACGCUGGCAAUGGAGAGGAGAUGCCCCAGGGCCUGGCCUGCGGGAAAGGUCAGGACAGAACCCGGGCGAAACUCCCUCCAGCUCCCGGCCCGAGGCCCCUGUCGACGCCUGCCGGCCCCGCUGCACCCCGGGAUCCCAGACCGACUUCGUCGGACGACAAGGAAGGACCCCCAGAGGAGGAGAUUUACCUGGUGUGUGAGCCGUCGAGCCCACCUCACUGCAGGGCGACUUGCGCCCCGAGGCCCCCACUUGGCCAGGUGCCCCCGCCACGGCUCCCAAAGCUGUCCAAGCCGAAGAUCGCCCUGCCUGGGGCCCACCACAGCCUGGCUGAUUCCUCCCCCGAAGCCUCCAGCAAAGCCCCAGCCUGGCCCAGGGCCAGUGGCUCCCUGGUGGAGGAUCCUGGCAUGCAGGACCAGGCCUGGUACGCGGGGAACUGUGACCGGCAUGUGGCAGAGAGCGUGCUGCAGGGGGUCAAUAAGGACAGCGCGUUCAUGGUGCGCCAGAGCUCGAGGCAGGGCUGGAACCAGCCAUUCACCUUGGCCGUGCUGUACAAGGGCCACGUCUACAACAUCCCCAUCCGCUACGUGGAGAGCAGCCGCCAGUACACGCUGGGCAAGGACGGGAAGAGCCGCGAGGAGCGGUUCGACAGCGUGGCCGGCAUCAUCCAGCACUACCGCGAGCACCCCCUGGUGCUGAUCGAGGGCAGCUCCGCCUCCAGGGCGCACACCUGCCUGCUCUUCCCCGUCAAGCCCUGAGGGCUGGGGACAGGCUGGGGGCCCGGCUGCGGCCACCCCCCAGCUCUGCCCUGUGGGACGCGAGGCUCUCUGCACUGGCCGCUCUGGGGCGGACAGCAGGGGGCGCCAGCGCUGCAGGAGUCCUCCGUGCUGGGCCGUGCAGCCCCCUCAG